UGACAGUGAAAUACUAGAAGCUGUUGUCCCAGCUCGUCGCUUCACUCGGCUGUGUCUUCACUUUGAACGAUCUGAGGAGCAGGUUAUCCAAAAUGCUAACUUUGGUCAUAAUCUCAGCGCUGCUUGUUUUUGCCUCUACCAAACCAUGUGAUACAGAAGGCUCCAACACUGAGCUGCUGCUUUCCCUCAACAAGAAUCUCCUUCGAUCUCUGGAGAACCAGGAGGGAAUUCCUAAUCCCAGUGUCCACUUGGCAUUACGCCUUUCCAAUAGCCACAACCUCGCCAAGGAGAGCGAACACCUCAACAGGCUGAAAAAUAAUUUACACAAUGAUAUCCAAAGCGCUCUCUCUAACAGUCAGCCUGUGUCUGGCCUGUUGGCACUCUACACUAUGGCUUUAAAGUCCUCCUGUCAUGACCUCAACACAGUCACCUUCACUGUUAAUGGGAGGAGUGAGACACUGCUGACACACCUGAAGAACCAGAUGGAACUAGAGAAAGAGCACAUUGCCUUCAGCCACCGCCCUUUGACCAACUAUUACCAGUACUCCCUGGGUGUGCUCGCUCUUUGUGUGAGUGGCAUCAGGGUCAACAACCAUGUUACCAAAAAGCUCAUCAAAGCAGCAGAACAUGAGCACUUCAAACAUGGAGAGUCUGAGAGUGUUGAUACAUAUGCCAUGGCUGGAAUGGCACUCCAGUGUGUGAAGGACUCUGGUUCUCACGUGCAGAAUGCUGCUGAGCUGGACACAGCUCUUAGCAAGAUCAAGCAGAAGCUUCUAGCUUCCCGCAGGCUUGAUGGUCAUAUUGGCAAUGAGUUCAGCACGGGUCUUGCAGUUCAAGCCUUGUUAGCAAUGGGCAGUGAGGUUGCAGAGUGUUCUGCCCCAAUGGAGGCCAUGAGGACGGCUGCCAGAAGCAACACAUACCACAACCCCAUGGCCAUAUCUCAGACUCUGCCUGCUCUCCAGCAAACUUCCUACAUGGCAAUUAAAAGCAAGGAGUGCCUCCAUGAGGAUAACACUCUGGUGCUUGAACCCAUAGAUCCUGUAGUGGUUUCACCAAGCCAGGCCAAAGUCACUGUGAUUGUGCAAGUGGUGACAUCCAACGGAGCGGCAGCACUUUACUCUGUGGAUGUGUCAAAGGGCAGCUCUCUGUUAGAGGCCCUUGAACUUCUCAAGGAGAAAGAUGUUGGCUUCACGUUUGAGAAGGAGUCCAGCUUGUGGGGAUCUUUCUUAAGUGUGGUGAAUGGAGAGCAGGCCAGACAAAGCGACCGCAGAUACUGGCACCUCUCCUCAGAUGGCACUGCACUCACUGAGGGUGUUGGUGAUUUCAAGAUUGAAGAGGCUCAAAAGAUCACCAUCAGAAACAUGAGCUACUGAUCUUCCAGCCAAUCAGUGAUUAGAUGAUCAGCAAUUUAAUCUUUAUUAACUAGUGAAGUGUCCGCUGGCAUCAUUUAUGACUAAAUCCCAUAGUGACUUCACAGAACGACUGCAUUUCAAGUAGAUUUGAAGAUUGAACAAAAGUGUAAUUGAGAACUACUUAAACAGAGUUUGUGUAAAUUGACAAACUUUUUUAUGAUUUUUUUUUUUAAUUACUGUGAAAUAUUUAUUAAAUAUCUUUUGUGA